CAUCAGUCGUUAGUUAACAUGGCGAGCCACAUGCAGAGAUUAUUGUUGAGAGCCGGCCGUUUGUGUCGUGUAAAUUCCACGAGGCAGAUUUCUGCUUCCGCCACGCUCCGAGCGAGACCCGCCUUCAAUUGGGAGGAUCCGUUCGAUCUAGAGUCGCAAUUGACACAGGACGAAAUCCUGAUGAGGGAUCAGUUUCGUUCCUACUGCCAGGAGCAGCUCCUGCCGAACGUGAUCGAAGCGGACCGAAAGGAACACUUCGAUCGAGAGAUUGUAAAGCAGAUGGGACAGCUCGGGGUGUUGGGCUGCACCAUGAAGGGCUAUGGCGGCGCCGGGGUAUCCUCAGUGGCUUACGGGCUCCUUGCCAGGGAAAUUGAGAAAAUCGACAGCGGGUAUCGAUCGGCGUUCUCGGUGCAAUCCUCUCUUUCGAUCGGUGCGAUAAUGUUCGGCAGCGAUGCAAAAGAACGAUUUCUACCUAAAAUGGUUUCCGGGGAAAAGAUCGGUUGUUUUGGCUUGACGGAGCCCAAUCAUGGUAGUGACGCAGGAGCCAUGGAGACUAGAGCCAUUUACGACUCCGAUAAAAAGGUCUACAAAUUGAACGGCAGCAAAACAUGGAAACGAGUCACAAACUCGCCUGUCGCCGACGUGUUGAUAGUAUGGGCGAAAUGUGAUGACGGUCAGAUCCGUGGGUUCGUCAUCGAGAGAGAAGAUAACUUGAUAAAGGGACCAUUCAGUUGCUUAAACAAUGCGCGAUACGGCAUCGCCUGGGGUGCGUUAGGCGCGGCAGAAGCUUGCCUGAACAUUGCUAGAUCUUACACUUUGGAGAGGAAACAAUUUAAAAGACCGCUGGCGGCGAAUCAGCUUGUACAGAAAAAACUGGCGGACAUGAUGUGCGACGUCGCGAUCGGUCUUCAAACUUGCUUACGAGUCGGCAGACUGAAGGAUGAGAAUAGGUAA